UGUCGGAGGUAUGGCGUCUGCGGCGCCGUCUUGGAGCCGGCUGGACCGAAGGCAGGAAUGCGACGUGCGCGAGCUCGUCCGCCUUGUGGCGGGCGUCCAUGAUGAGGCGGACCCCAACUUCCAGCUCGCCUUGCACUUCGCUUGGUCCAACUUCAGAUUUCAUCGUUUCUUAGAUGUCAACAGCCACAAAGUAGAAAAGACAAUAGAAGGGAUUUAUGAAAAAUUCAUCAUUCAUUCUGAUCUCAGCAAAGCUGCUAGUUGGAAGAGAUUAACUGAGGAAUUUCUAAAUGCAUCACUUCCAAGCAUAAAGGAAAUCAAGACAGAUGCACAUUAUUCCAUACUGUCACUUCUUCUAUGUCUGUCUGAUUCUCCUUCAAACAGCAAUUAUGUGGAAACACCAAGAGAUAAAGAAGUGGAAAAGAAAGAUGAUUUCGACUGGGGAAAAUACUUGAUGGAAGGUGAAGAAAUUGACCUUGGCUCAAAUGUAGACACACCAAAUUGGUCUGAAGAAAGUGAAGAUGAAGAUGAUCAACAGCCUUUAAGCAGAGAGGACUCUGGGAUUCAGGUGGACAGGACACCAUUAGAAGAACAAGAUCAAAACAAAAAACUGGGACCUCAAGUCAGCUGGAAAGAUGAGUCAGAUGCCCGAAGCUGGCUGGAACAACACGUGGUCCGUCAGUACUGGACAGUCAGGUCCUCGAGGUUUCCUCAUAGUUUACAUUUGCACUCCAAUCUAGCUGCUGUCUGGGACCAACAUUUGUACAGCAGUGACCCAUUAUAUGUUCCAGAUGACAGAGUUUUUGUUACUGAAACGCAGGUUAUUCGGGAAACCCUAUGGUUACUUUCAGGGGUAAAAAAGCUCUUUAUAUUUCAGCUGAUAGAUGGAAAGGUAACUGUGAGGAACAACAUUAUAGUAACUCAUUUGACACAUAGCUGUUUACGAUCAGUGCUAGAACAAAUAGCAGCAUAUGGCCAGGUUGUGUUUCGACUCCAGGAGUUUAUUGAUGAAAUCAUGGGGCACAGCUCUGAAAGCCUGUUACCUGGAAAUAGUUCCGUUCCUAAGAAGUCGACAGAAGCACCUUUUAGAACAUACCAGGCUUUCAUGUGGGCCCUGUACAAAUACUUCAUUAGUUUCAAAGAGGAACUUACAGAAAUUGAGAAGUGCAUCAUCAAUAAUGAUACUACAAUAACUCUUGCAAUAGUGGUGGACAAGUUGUCACCUCGAUUAGCUCAGCUCAAGGUUCUGCACAAAGUGUUUAGUACUGGAGUAGCAGAAGUUCCACCUGACACUCGAAAUGUCGUUCGAGCAUCUCACCUGCUCAACACCCUGUACAAAGCCAUCCUUGAAUAUGACAAUGUUGGAGAAGCCUCUGAGCAAACUGUGCUUCAGAAACGCUUGAGCCUCAUUUUAUCCGGAGACGAGGGAGUUCUGAGAAUGGAUGUGCGUGCUGCGCUGUCUCCUCAGGUCUCCUUGCUGUUCUCGCUCUGGGUGGAGACCGUGCGGCCCUACCUGCAGACUGUAGAUGAGUGGAUCGUGCAUGGGCACCUGUGCGACUGUGCCCGGGAGUUCAUCAUCCAGAGAAACAAGAAUGUUCCGGUAAAUCACAGAGACUUUUGGUAUGCAACUUACACACUAUACAGUGUAUCGGAAAAGACAGAAAACGAAGAAAAAAUGAGUGAUAACGCUAGUGCGAGUUCUGGCAGUGAUCAAGGUCCCUCCAGCAGGCAGCACACCAUGGUGUCCUUCCUGAAACCCGUCCUCAAGCAGAUCAUAAUGGCUGGCAAGUCAAUGCAGCUGCUGAAGAACCUGCAAUGCAUGGAGAGCACCACAUGCCAAGCCACAGCCAGAGAUGCAGAAAGAAAAAGUCUGUAUACCCUGUUUCUGGAGUCUGUGCAGUCUCGUCUUCGACACGGAGAAGACUCCACUGCACAGGCCCUCACUGAGCAGCAGGCCACCAGAGAGACCCUCAUUAAGAUGCAGUCCAUUGCCGAGAGGCACCUUGAACUGGAUGAUGUUCAUGAUCCGCUGCUGGCGAUUAAUUUUGCAAGGUUGUAUUUGGAACAGAGUGACUUUCACGAGAAGUUUGCUGGUGGAGACAUAUGUGUGGAUAGAUCAUCAGAAUCUGUGACUUGCCAGACUUUUGAAUUAACGCUGAGAUCUUGCCUCUAUCCUCAUAUUGACAAGCAGUAUCUAGAUUGCUGUGGAAACCUCAUGCGAACUCUAAAAAAAGAUUACAGGUUGGUUGAGUACUUGCAGGCCAUGAGGAAUUUCUUCUUAAUGGAAGGGGGAGAUACCAUGUAUGACUUCUACACAUCAAUUUUUGAUAAAAUAAGAGAAAAGGAAACCUGGCAGAAUGUGUCUUUUCUUAAUGUCCAGCUUCAAGAAGCAGUAGGACAGCGUUAUCCUGAAGACAGUUCUCGUCUAUCUAUAUCUUUUGAAAAUGUUGACACAGCUAAGAAGAAACUCCCUGUUCAUAUCUUAGAUGGUCUGACCCUGAGCUAUAAGGUCCCAUGGCCUGUGGACAUUGUUAUAAGUUUGGAAUGUCAAAAAAUUUAUAAUCAGGUGUUUCUUCUCUUAUUGCAAAUAAAAUGGGCAAAAUAUAGUCUGGAUGUUUUACUAUUUGGUGAACUAGCUAGUCCUGCUGAAGAACCACAACUUGAAGGACUUUUAGGAGGACAAGACACAGCUGCUAAUUUUGGACCACAGAAGGAGCCAGUAAGACAGCAGAUUCAUCGUAUGUUCCUCUUAAGAGUGAAGCUCAUGCACUUUGUGAACAGCUUACACAACUACAUCAUGACCAGGAUUCUUCACAGUACAGGGCUGGAGUUUCAACAUCAAGUCGAAGAAGCCAAGGAUUUAGAUCAAUUGAUUAAAAUUCACUAUAGAUACUUGUCAACCAUCCAUGAUCGAUGUCUGCUGAGAGAAAAGGUCAGUUUUGUGAAGGAAGCCAUCAUGAAGGUGUUGAACUUGGCCCUCAUGUUUGCAGACGGUUGGCAGGCUGGCCUGGGGGCGUGGCAAAUGGAAUCUAUAGAGAAAAUGGAGUCUGAUUUUAAAAACUGCCAUAUGUUUCUUGUAACAGUUUUAAACAAAGCUGUCUGUAGAGGAUCCUUUCCCCAUCUGGAAUCUCUAGCACUGUCACUCAUGGCUGGCAUGGAGCAGAUAUCUUCAGUGUAGUAAAUGCCUCAGAUUUAAUCUUCAUACAUACACGUUUCCACCACAUACAGCUGCGAAACGGGAAUCUAUUUUGGUUUGUUUUUAAAACUGUUGUCUACUGUCUAGACAAGUGGGUUUUAUGUGUUUUCUCUGGAGAUUAUUGGUUAGUAUAUAGGGUUAUGCAUAUAAAACUGUAUCAAUAAUGCAGAAUGUGUAUAGGCUGUUUACACUUAUAUUUCCUACUAUAAGCUAUAGAUUUAUGGUAUUGAUACCUUUAAAUGUAAAAUAAUCGUUUUUGAAAAUGUAAUUAUUAAUAUUAAAAAUAAAUUAAAGCACUUUAUUCCCCUUUUGCUUAGUCACAGAAGUUUUGUUUUCUUUUAUAUGCCUGGGAAGUUCCAAAAUGGAAAAUAGCUUCCACCAAUGUCAAUCAAUGUAAAAGCCAGCUGUUGAUAUAUCCUAUUGUAUGGCUUUUGUGAGCUAACCACAAUUAAUUAAAACUAUAUUUACUGUUCA